AUGGGUCUGAUCUUGAAGAUUUUUAUCCCUCUGCUGGGACUGGCGCUGGCCUAUUACUUUUAUUCAGCACCCGAGAACUUCAAUGAAGAGAUGCUGCGGGGGAAGCGGGUGAUCGUGACCGGCGCCAGCAGUGGCAUCGGGGAGCAGAUGGCGUAUCACCUCGCACGCAUGGAGACCCACCUCCUGCUCACGGCGCGCACGGAGGCCAAGCUGCAGAAAGUAGUGGAGCGGUGCCUGGAGCUGGGCGCCGCAUCUGCCCGCUAUGUGAGCGGCUCUAUGGAGGACACCACAUUCCCCGAUGUGGUGGUGAAGGAGGCUGAGAACACCUGGGGUGGCCUUGAUAUGCUCAUCCUAAAUCACAUUGGUUUCAGCCACUUCAACUACUUCAAUGGGGAUGUUGAGCAUGUCCGAAAGCUCCUGGAGACCAACUUCGUCAGCUAUGUGGCAAUGACCGUGUCUGCCCUUCCCAUGCUGAAGGAGAGCGAUGGCAGCAUCACUGUCAUUUCAUCCAUGGCAGGUAGAAUUGGCACCCCAUUUAUUGCUCCCUAUUCUGCAACUAAGUUUGCCUUGGAGGGAUUUUUCAGCUCCCUGAGACACGAAUUCAUCAUAGAAAAGGUCAAUGUCUCCAUCACGCUCUGCGUCCUGGGCUACAUUGACACAGACAGCGCGGUGCGAGCGGUCUCACAUGCCGUGUGGGACACGCCAGCGCCGAAGGAGGAGUGUGCACUGGAGAUCAUCAAGAGCGGGGCGCUGCGCCAGCGGGAGCUGUACUACCCACCCCGGCUGGUGAGCAACCUGCUUCUCCUCCACGCCAUAGCCCCCGACUUCCUCGACUCCCUCAUCAGGAACAACUAUAAGCUGGAAAACAUCAGAAGAACAUAG